AUGUUUAAUAUACAUGGUGAUAUUAACUUAUUGCAUCCAAAUUUAAUUGAAGGAUCUGGAGAUGAUCAUGUCAAAAUUUGCAUCCCUCUAUAUGAAGCGGCCAUUAAGGGAGAUUGGAAAUCCGCUAGAGCCAUUUUUGAUAACAACCGAGAGCUCGUAAAGUACAGUUUAACUGAAAAUGGUGAAACAGCACUCCACAUUGCGGUAUCCACGAGAAGAACCAAACAAGUGGAAUUGUUUGUCGAGAAUCUAGUGGAUCUAAUGAAUAGGGAAGAACUAGAACUUCAAAAUAGAAAUUACAACACUGCUCUCUAUUUAGCAUCUGCAGCGGGUAACCUUAAAGCUGUUGAAAUCAUGGCGAAAAAGAACAAGGCGUUGUUGACCAUCUCUGGUGGUGGUGGACAAAUAAUGCCAUUCUAUGCAGCUGUCUUGUUUAGACGUUAUGAUGUGGUCAAGUAUAUUUACGAUAAUUACCAUAAGUUGCAAGAUGAUGGUUGGAUAGAAAUGAAUCACAAUCUACUUCUUGAGAAAUGUGUUGAGCUUGAUUUCUUCGGCCCGAAAAAAGAACGCGAUGCAUUGCAAUUACUGAAAAUCAUCUGGGGUAAUAUCGAGAGAAAGCCUAGGAGUGAUAUCGAUGAAAUACUCAUAGGGCCACAAGUCACAAAUCCAGGCUGUGGAACCGUAGAUCAAUCUCUCGAACUACAAAAGGUGUUCUCGGAACAUGUUGUGAACUUGCAAGUAGAAACUCAGAACAUAUUAGAGCAAGAUGCCAAGGUAGGUUCUGGUAAGAAGGAUCAAGCUCAAAAACUAGAGCAAAUAAUAUCUGAAAAUGUUGCCAAAAUGCAAGUUAAAACCCAAGAGAUACUUAGAGGCGGCCCUUCUGCAAUGGAAACUGCAGGCUCUUCACACCCACUUUUUAUUGCUGCAGAAAAGGGGAAUACUAUUUUUAUAAUUGAGCUCAUACGCCGAUAUCCUGAUUUAAUCUGGAGUGUAAAUAAUAACAACCAAAGUAUAUUUCACAUUGCUGUUAAACAUCGUCACAUGGAUAUCUACAACCUAUUGUAUGAGAUAGGCGCUAUGAAGGAUAUGAUAACUAGUCUCACUGAUGACCGAGGGAACAAUAUGUUGCAUUUAGCUGGGAUUUGUGUGAAUCAAAAGCGACUUGGGGAAGUGAGAGGAGUUGCUUUUCAGAUGCAACUAGAAGUGCUAUGGUUCAAGGAAAUAGAGGAUACCAUCCAUCCUUCUUAUAGAGAGCAGAAGAACAGAGAUGGUUUAACACCGGGUCAGUUAUUUUUAAAGGAGCACAAAGAUCAGGCUGCUGAAGGUGAAAAAUGGAAGAGAGAUACAGCCGGUCUAUGUAUUGUGGUUGCGGUGCUUGUUGCCACUGUGGUCUUUACUGCAGCUUUUACCAUUCCAGGUGGAUAUGGCCAAAAUGGUAUCCCUUUCUUUCAUUCGAAAUCAACUUUUCAAUUAUUUUGGGUGGCAGAUGCCCUUUCUCUAUUCUUCUCCACGAUAUCAAUCCUUAAGGUGUUCCCAUAUGUCUUUGUCAUGCCUCAUUACGCUGCACAUAAUUUCUUCGGAUCAUUACCCAAAAAGUUGAUAGUUGGCAUAACAUAUCUUUACCUAUCAAUAACAUUCAUGAUAAUCGCAUUUUGUGUAAGCUUUUUCGUACUUUGCCAGAAGGGUUUAGUAUGGAUUCCAAUUCUUAUCACCGGAUUUGCUAUGAUUCCAUUCACCAUAUAUGUUAAAAUACAGCUUCUUUUGCUUGAGGUUGUAAUUUACUCCAAAUUCAGUUCCCGGUUCCUCUUUAACCGCAACAAACAUGUUCUAUACUAUCAAAACCCACAGGUCUAA